GGACCAACAGAACCAAAGGAAGAAGCUUCGCUGGCCACAAAGUUGCAGAGACAGAGAAUGACGCUGAAGAUGUAUACAAAGUGGAUGAAUUUGCAGCAAAAGUCCUCACAGGAAAGCUGACUACAGUUUUUCUUCCCAUUGUCUAUAUCUUUUCCUUCGUAAUUGGUUGGCCAAGUAAUGCCAUAGCCCUCUAUGUCUUUUUUUCCCAAGCAAAGAAGAAGCAUCCAGCUGUGAUUUACAUGGUUAACUUGGCACUAUCAGACCUUCUUUUUGUUGUCUGGUUCCCACUGAAGAUUGCAUACCACCUAAAUGGCAAUAACUGGGUGUUUGGUGAAGAAUUCUGCAAAGUCUUUGUUGUAGCUUUCUAUGGAAAUAUGUACUGCUCCAUCCUCUUUAUGACAUGCCUCAGUGUACAACGGUGUUGGGUUGUAGUGGACCCCAUAGCACACUCAAGAAAGAAAUCAGAAAUUGCCUUGAUCAUCUCCAUUGCUAUCUGGAUGCUGGUUUUUUCAAGCACCUGUCCAUUGUUCCUUGUUGAUCAGACUGCAUAUAUUUCAAAUCUCAACAUCACUACCUGCCACGAUGUGUUGUCUGAAAAUGUUUUGGCCAAUUAUAUGUUCUAUUACUUCCUCUCAGUUGCAAUUGCACUCUUCCUCAUCCCAGCUGUCAUCACUGCUGGCUCAUACAUAGUCAUGAUAAAGACUCUGAGCACCUCCAUGGUAGAUGUAAGCACUGGGAAGAAACGAAGAAGGGCAAUCAAACUCAUUAUUGUUGUUCUUUUCAUGUAUCUCAUCUGUUUCACACCUAGCAACGUGCUGAUCGUUGCACACUAUUUGCUUCUCAAAGUCUACUGCCAGAGCUAUCUGUAUGCCUUCUACAUAACUGCGCUGUGCCUUUCUGCCCUGAACAGUUGCAUUGAUCCAUUCAUCUAUUACUACAUUUCAAAAGACUUCAGAAACAACCUCAAAAAUGCUCUUCUCUGCCGAAGUGUGAGAACCACACGGAGGAUGCAAGUAUCUCUCUCAUCAAGCAGAUCCACCAAGAAAACAAGUUCUUAUAAUUCAAGUUCAAUGAGGACCAAUAAGUCAACCUACUGA